GACAGCGAGCCACAGCGAGCGAGCAGCCACCACGGCGGCACGCUCACGCUCGGUACCACUCGCACGGUCCGUGUCAGUGUCGUCGAUUCGCCGCGAGUUGCGGAGUAUUCCGCUGGGCCGUGUCCGUCGGCCGUCGCCCAGUGAGAUAAUAGGAUGCGGUAUCGCGCGCGGUUCCGGUGUUACACCCCGUGUCCGCGGCUUCGCGGGUACGUUGUCGGAGCCGCGGCCGCGUCCCGCUGAGAUUAUGCGCGGUGUGCCGAUCUAUCGCUCGAGUGUGUGUGCGGGUUAACCUUAAGUAUAGCGACAGUGUUCUUUACGCGCGCCUCAGGUAAGGUGAGGUGCAAAUAACGAGGGAGAAAGAGAGAGAGAGAGAGAGAGAAAGAGAGAGAGAGAGAGGGAGAAGAAAAGAAAGAGAAAGAGACGAAGAGAGUGUGUGCACGCAGGGAAAACAAGACUAGGAAGAGAUCGCAUAUUACAUGUCGUCGUCGGGACACAGCAGUCGCACCCGCACUGUCCACAUCGGCUCGAUCUUUCAAAAGCUACACGGCCGCUUCGCCGACGCGAUGACCCCGCCAAAAUUGUCGACCGACAAGCGUAUGCUAGACAAGACUUGGAAGCUGAUGGACAAGGUGGUGAAGCUGUGUCAGCACCAGCGCAUGAACUUGAAGAAUUCACCACCGUUUAUUCUCGACAUCCUGCCGGAUACGUAUCAGCGGCUGAGGCUGAUCUACAGCAAGUACGAGGACCGUAUGCAGGUGUUGCACAGCAACGAGCACUUCUGCGUGUUCAUCAACAAUCUGAUGCGUAAGUGCAAGCAGGCGAUCAAGCUGUUCAAGGAGGGCAAGGAUAAGAUGUUCGACGAGACGUCCCAUUAUCGCCGCAAUCUUACCAAGCUCAGUCUUGUGUUCAGCCACAUGCUGUCCGAGUUGAAGGCCAUAUUCCCGAACGGGGUGUUCGCCGGCGAUCAGUUUCGCAUCACCAAGGCCGACGCGGCUGAAUUUUGGAAGGAGCGCUUCGGAAACAGUACGUUGGUACCAUGGAAGGUGUUCAGACAAGAGUUGAAUCAAGUACAUCCGAUCAGUUCAGGACUACAGGCGAUGGCACUGAAAUCCACGAUAGAUCUGACGUGCAAUGACUACAUCUCCAACUUCGAAUUCGAUGUAUUUACGAGAUUGUUUCAACCAUGGUCGACCCUCUUGCGUAACUGGAAAAUACUGGCUGUGACACAUCCUGGCUACGUGGCUUUCCUCACGUACGACGAGGUGAAGGCGCGCUUACAAAAAUAUUGUAUUACCAAGCCCGGGAGUUACGUAUUUCGAUUAAGCUGCACGAGGCUGGGACAAUGGGCAAUUGGCUACGUCACGUCUGACGGUGAUAUUCUCCAAACGAUACCGCAUAACAAGAGUCUAUGUCAAGCGUUAUUGGACGGUUACCGGGAAGGCUUCUACUUAUACCCGGACGGCAGGAAUAUAAAUCCAGACUUGACAUGGGCAGUGCAACCGACGCCGGAGGAGCACAUAAAAGUGACAGCGGAGCAAUACGAAUUAUACUGCGAAAUGGGUAGCACAUUCCAGCUGUGUAAAAUCUGCGCCGAGCACGACAAGGACGUGAGGAUAGAACCUUGCGGUCACCUCCUCUGCACUCCAUGUCUCACAGCUUGGCAGGUAGAUUCCGAAGGACAGGGUUGUCCAUUUUGUCGAGCUGAGAUUAAAGGCACCGAGCAAAUCGUCGUGGAUCCGUUUGAUCCGCGAAGAACGCAUAGACCCGGAGCGCAUUCGGCGUCCGCUAGUAACGCAUCAACCCCCACGCGGGAUCUCGACCCUGACACCGAGGACAUAAUGGCGCUGUGCAACGGCAACUGCGGUCUCAUAUGCGACGACUCGGACGAGGAAGACGACUCUAGUCCCACGAAUUCGCCGGUCCCACCGCGGAGGAUCCUGCCGAGUCCGCCGUUGCCACCUCGAAGAACCUCACCUACACCGAAUAAUCAUCUUAAGAACGGCCGUCACCUGACAGUGCCGAAGGAGAACGCCCCGCCGCCGCCAACGGUCACCGCGGUAAUAAUGAAUUACGCCGACACGCCGCAGAAUAACAAAGUGAACGCGGAGGCGAGGUACGACAUGCUGCAUCGCGCGUCUUCUCCAUCGCCGGUGGUACCGCCGAUACCGCCCGCGCCGUCGGCAGCAGUGAGAGCUCACGCUCGUCGUUCCCACGGGAACCACACGAACACGUCGCAGCCGCCGCAACCGCAGCCGCAGCCGCAGCCGCCGACGUUGCCGGAGAAGCCGAGUCGCGCUGCUGCGACCAGCUCGUCGACGCCAGGGAACCAGACGGGCACGAGCAACAACGUGCCACCGGUGCCGCCGCCCUUGUCGGCACCACGACCACCGAAGGCCGGCAAGGAGAGUGCCCGACAAGAUCACCAUUACGAGAACACGAUCGUGAUCCCCGGCACGAGACAGCACGUCGUGAAGAACAUCAACCUGGAGGCGAACAGAGCGCGUUUGACGGCUCUGAUGAGGGGCAGAGGCGACACGGUGAGCGGAUCGGUGACCAAGCCGGAGCCCGCAGCGUAUGAGAACGUGAACGUUGAGCACAUCACGAGACUGACGGCGCUCGGAUUCACGCAGGACGCCGUGAUCAGGGCGCUCGGUAUCACUAGGAACGACCUCGAGAUGGCUUGCGACAUACUGCACGAAUUCGCCACGAAAUCCUCCUGACCAGGGCCAAAUGCCGAGGUCUCAUGACCGGCCUUACCUGCCAGACGGUACUUUUGACAGGGAACACGCGCGGAAUCCUGCAAGUCCCACCUCUAAUGCGUUCACAGAUACAUCGCGCGUCCUCGCGGAGCGUCUCACCACGUCAGUGCAGUACCGGAGACUCGACAGUGCCCGACAGUUUUGAAUUUUGAUUUUUGAGAGACAUUGACGAGCGGGGGAGGUGGCAUCGCGGCGAUUCCACUUGCGGGCGGUGAGCCUACGGAGAUGCUAACGAAGGAGAGUCAGGAGAGAGUGUGCAGAACGCACGCUUCCAACGAGAGAGAAGAAGAAUCUUUGGAGUAAGUUCCGGGAAAAUAUCCAUCGGACAGACACACACGUACACACUAACCAACAAACACACCAUCGACCUCGUCGUAUAGAUUUCGCGUAGAUAUUUCUCUCUCAGGAUGUAGCGCGAGUCUGCGGGGCGAAUUGUAAAGGAAAAAUUCCAAGUAUUCUCGUUUCUUGAUACGUACAAAGAAGACUGGCCGUUCCGUUGCGACGUGUAUGCGAGUAACACGAGUGACAGUGUUGAGUAAAGAAAAGGCGACGACCGACCAAAGGUGAUUUUACGGCUGCCGAAGUAUUCCUCCGCGAGCUAUAUAUAGCGACUAGUAGUAAGCCCUAUACUUUUUUUUUGUCUUUAGUACCUCUCUCGCUUUAAUUACUACAUUUCGUUCCUCAAUAUACUUAAGAUAAGGCGCGUUUACAAGAAGAAUUUGCUUGUACGUCUACGAAACACAAUGAUGCGGAGAGAGGAAGAGAAAGAGAGGCAGAGAGAGAGAGAGAGAGGGGGGGGGAGGAAGGAAGAGAGGAAGGGAGAAAGCGAAAGAGGCGAAAAUGAAGAAAGAGAUGGAGUAUAAUGAAAAGACGUGUGUAUACGCUACGCGCACAAAUUUAAGAUGCAGCGGAAGAAAAAGCGCUCUUUGAAAGUCUUCGGCCAUCUAAUUUUCCAUAUUUUAUAUUUUAUAGCGUACCUCACACGACACACAACGAGCGCGCGCGAUUCCCACGCCGACGCGUCUAGAAAUGACGACAUCGUAAUCCGCAAAGGCAAUACAAUAUCUUACCCGAGUCGACAUUCGUAUCGCGAAUAAGUAUACACAUCUGUUCAAUAAGAUAUACUCUACGUAGGCAUCGCGUCAGAGAUUCGUUAGACACUGCGUUUACGGACAUAAUAAAUAUAUAUGACGUUAUAUAGUACCGCGAGACCGAAAGUACGUAGACGAAAAAUGCCUGGCAUCUAAUUUUGUAAUUUCCAGUUCUACAACUUGUUCUCUCACGUUAAAUAGAAUAGUCAUAUACGGGGUGGCCUAUUUUAAUUCAUCCACUCGAAUAUUUUUAAAAGUGAGACCGGCAGGCAAAAAUGUUUUGCACAAAAGUUACAUGGUUUUACGAGGAACAUAAGACGGUGGCGAUAAUUUGACCUUGGAUAGUCACUUGAAGAUGACGUGAAAAUUACCUUCAAUUUCUUAAACCCUUAUUUUUCAUUGCAUAUAUUUGUGGCUUACGUCGAGAGCUUUCGGAAACGCCAGUCAACGCACAGUGAAGAAUACGAGAUUCCGUUUAAGAAAUUAAAGGUGACCUUCAUGUCACUUUCCGAGGUUAAAUUAUCGUCAUUGUCUUAUAUUCUCCUCAAAACCAUGCAAUUUUGGUCUGAAAUAUUUUUGUCUGCCGGUUUCAGUUUUCAAAAUAUUCGGCUGGAUGGAUUUUUUUUAAAAGAGGCCGCUCUGUAUAUAGACACACACACACACACGCACGCGCACACACACACACACACAUAUGUGUAUGUAUGUAUAGCUAUUUAAUGUAUAUUACGUAACGUCCUCCACAUUAGUACUAGCGUAAUUACAUUGCGCGAAUAUACCUCGGAAAGGAUAAAAGUAACACGAUAACGAUUCAGAUUGUAUAAAAUUGUUAUGCUUUACACUCAUGAUUUCCGAUCUUAGUUUCGAGAGACCACCCGAGCCGAGACACGAGGUCAGCCUUCAGAGCAUGUACAAUUGCGAUACUGAUACAACUGAUAUCACUUGAACACAAGUACACGUCUUGGUUCGCACGUAGGGUUGCCAGAUGUGAAAUGACUAUUUCCGGGACAUUUUUUAGGUGACGGUUGAAAAAUAGGUUGUUAGAGAAUUUUAGUUAAAUUUGAGAGAUAGAGGGGCAAGACGGCUAUGGGAUGCCGCUGUGCACUCGCAACAAACAAAUGCAUAAAUUCCGUGCCAGCAGAGAGAAGUUUGGACAUAAAUCGUGCGAUUGUAUUUUUUACCACGCGAAUGGCUUAGUUGACAUCAAUUUUCUUAGGUGGCACAUCGAAAAAUUCGACCCUAUAAAUCGCGGUCAUAAACCGCUCUCAGGUUUCUCUCUGGUACCAAUUAGAAACAUGAAUGUUAUGAUUAUGAUUUUGUUGAAAUUCUGAUUUUCCGGGACAAGCUUAAGAAUUCCGGGACAAUCCCGGAAAUACGCAGACACGAUCAACGACUAUGAUCAACUUGAAGUCGGUUUCUCGCCGAAACAUCAAAGAAAGGAACGUAGACACGCUAUAACUACGAUCGGCUGGUCGAUAUUUCGACGAACAUUAAAGAAACGUAAUACGUGAUACGGAUACAAUGAGUGUAGACGUGACUUAUCCUGUCCAGAUCCUGCAUCGAUUUGCCAACAUGGGAUCUCUCGUUUUAUUCAGUCGUAUCACUUCGUAUCUGGCAGUCAUGGCUGAUGCUAUGGAAUGAUCACAAGAGAAAGUGAUAGAAUAGAUUUUUAUAAACAAAACAGUACGUUUUGGAAUCCAGCGGAUCCCCAUCAUUUUAAUAGAUUGAAAAGAAAUGAUGCACGGAAGGAAGUUGCACGUGACACCGGAAGAUCAGCUGAGCAGUGCAGAAAGAAGAUAGAAUAUCUUCAUCAUCAUUAUCGCCAUAAUUAUCGCUACAAGUAUUUUCGGUUGAUAGAUGUUUCCGCCCCGCAGCGGAGCACCCACCCAACAAUACCGAAUCCAAGUCGAUCAUAGUCGUAUCGUUCCUGCGUAUCAUCUUGAUACGCAGAUGCGAUACAGUGUCUCGUCCACACACUUGGCCGAUUACGAUACGGUGAUACGACACGAGUCUGCACCUACUUUUACAGACUAGCUGAGUGUAUCUACCGAAUGUGUUACUUAGAUUCGUGCGUGUGAACACGCGGCUCUCAUAUCGCGUUGCGCCGAUCAGAGAAGUGAACGAUUCUGUAGCGUCGGUGAUACUUCAAAGUGUAUGUACGCGCCGAUUGCGAUUUCAGGUUCGCAGAUGAAUUCAAGGGAGGAAACUGCGAUCGAGUUUCGUAUUAACACUUGGAGAGAUACCGAGGACACGAGUUGACGUUCGUGUGCGAGUAACGUUUGCGGCCAGCGGUUGCGAGUGUUAACGAUAAAUAGCCACGGAGAGAAUCAAAUCGAGAAGCUAGAACGGUAUCGAGUAAAUAGCGCGCAAAAGAGUCCGAGCGCGAAGACGAUAACGGGAAACGUAUUUGCGCGCAAGUUCGUUGAGACGUUGCAAUCGCCGCUGCUGAGUCGACAGUAGCGCCGUCGAGAUACGCUGUACAUGUUACGCUUUACGUUAAUUUAUGCCUCGUAGAUGCUCAAACGCGUGAGGAAAAAGGAAAAGAAAGAAACGAAGGAAGGCUAUGACCUGGCGAGUUAGACGGCAACAUGCGUGUUCUCGUGACGUUCGACGAUGAUCAAAGGUGGCCACGGUUCUCUCGCGUGCCACGCUCACGAAGUAUGUGUCGUUCGUCAUAGUGAUAAGGCGAUUAGCGUGCGAGCGCGGAUCGAUUCCGACAAGACCGUGCACAUUUUGCGCGUGAUACCUGUUGCGCCGGUCGCACGAAUUAAUUACCUACCUCGCGAUUAUACCAAAGGUUACGAUGUGAUUGUCCGAUAAACGCAUUGCGAGAUAACGUUAUCCGAUGUCACAUUCGUUAGCGACGUUUUAACCCCCUUUCAUCACGUUGUAACAUACGCGGGCACGGGCGAAGAAACAUACAUACAUCUAAACGUACUAUGUAUAUACAGGGUGUUUCAGACCAUCUGUUCACCCCUUUUAUUUUGAAAAGGGGUGGAAAAGGGGUGAAAAGGGGUGGAAGUUGGGAAAACAUAUUUAUCACAAGAGCCCAUCCGAAGUUUCUGGUAUUUUCACUUUUGCGGAAACUUCCGAAAAUACUGGAAACCGAAGGCAGUUUAAAAUUUUUAAAUAACAUGAGGCGAUAUGGGUAUCGUUGGAUGGAGCUUUUAGAAAGAAACAUUUUUUGCUUGAAAAAAAAAAA